AAGUCAACACUCCUUCACGACAGCACUCAGUACUUCACAGCCUGAACUCUCAUGCGCAUGCUUACAGUAGAAGUUAAGAUUAGCAACUUGGAUGAGAACUACCGCUCUACUCUACUGGGAUCUACUUUGUGGGACAGAUUUUCUCCAAAUACCUGCUUUUGAAGAGGUUUUGAUGAACCACCAUGGGAAUGGGACUGAGACUUGUGCUGAAGCUAUCAACUGCAUAGGAUUGUGGGAUGAUCAACACCGACUGCUCUACUGAUUGCGACAUUAAUAAGGAGUGGCUGCUGUGUUUGUUUCUCAACAUUUGGAGCGUCAAGGGACCAACUGCAACAAUGGACCUGACUUUGUGGCAGUACCAGUUCAGGAUCAUCAUGCUGGGGGACUCCACAGUGGGCAAGUCAUCCUUGCUGAAGCGCUACACCGAAGACUUGUUCCUGGAGUCCAUCAACCAGACAGUGGGUGUAGACUUCUAUGUUCACUUCCUGGAUGUGGAGCCUGGGGUCCGUGUCAAGUUGCAGUUUUGGGACACAGCUGGACAGGAGAGGUUCAGAUCAGUGACCCGUUCUUAUUACCGCAACUCAGUCGGAGGCCUGCUGGUGUUUGACAUGACCAACCAAGACUCCUUUGACCAUAUUAAGGAGUGGCAUGCUGAAGUGUGCGAGCGAGUGCAGCCACAUAAAGUUCUGUUUGUUCUGGUGGGCCAAAAGAGCGACCGAGAUGCUCAGGGGGAGAGGGUGGUGAGUCGGGAAGAGGCCGAGAAACUGGCCAGGCAGCUAGAGGUGCCCUAUGUGGAGGCCUCUGCUAGGACAGGUGAGGGCGUGAGGGACGCCUUUGAGCUGCUCACUCGGCGGGUCUACCAGGGUCUGUUGAGUGGAGAGAUAGAGCUGCAGGAGGGCUGGGAUGGAGUGAAGUGCGCUACACCACAUACACUGCAGUUGCAGAGAGCCAACCUGGCACAGCCCAGCACAGCCUCCAAGAACAACAAGUGUUGUGCUUAAACUGUGGACUGGUGGUGGUCAACCAUUUGCACUCAUGUUACUGUAGAACCUGAACUGGCCCCCAGGAAGUUGGAUUUGUUGUGGAUGUUUAUGUAAUAACGUGACCAUCACCUUGCACCUUUUUCGUGAAGAGACAAUCUUAAGCAUUUAAUAAUGUCAGAGACCGAUGUGAGAUUGGGACUUUGUUGACAUUCCUGAAAUGGAUUAAGGUUUAACUUUAGAAAUAAAGAUUUGUUUAACUGAUAUUUUUAGUCCAACCUGAAAAAAAUCUUUGAAACCUAAAAACUAUUGGAUGGAUUACCAUUCAGUUUAGAAGCUGGACAACCCUGGGGCCAAAGGUCACCUUCCUCCAUGAUAUUUAGUACAGACAUUCAUGGUCCCCGGAAGAUAAUUUCCUUCUGACUUUGGUGAUCCCCUGCCUUUUCAUCUAGCACCACCAGCUGGUUAUUUUAAGGGAAAUGUCUUCACAACUAUAUAUUCAAGGUCCCUUUAAUCUAGCGCCAUCAUCAGGUUUAAAAUUAGACGACUUUAUUAUGUGGUUUUUGAAAACUGAUGACAUUGCCAUUUGACACAAGCUAAACUAAGAUGGUAAACAUGGUCAUUUUAAUAGUACAUUUUAUUUGAUGGUAUUUGACAUCCAAAGCCACCUUACGGUAGCUAUAGUAGAUUUAUAUGGUAGUAGAUAUAACAGCAAGACAAGUCGGCAACGACAUACACUAAACACAACGGAGUAAGAGACCCAUGACACCAAUAUGAUCUAUAUCAGCAUCUUAGUAUUGUCACUGUGAGCAUGUAGCUCAAAGUGGGCCUUUUUUAACAAAGUUGCUAGUGUAGCUGUAAACUCCUUAAAUUGCUAGAUCUAUAGCUUUUUCCAUUUAUAGGACUCUUAGAAAGUGACAUAGAGGUCCAUGCUCCCUUAGGUAAGUUUCUAGGCCCACAGCUGAUUAGACUAACAUGGACUGAUGAGGCCAUUGCCUACCUCAGUUCAGAAGGGCAGGAGAUGUAAUGACAUAUUGAGCCAAAGCCAUUGAGGCAGGAUGAAGCUGCAUGGAAGGGAUACAAUCAUAGCUUCUCUAUUGAUUUUUGGACCUAAAGACUUGUACAGUGAUAAAUUAGUUGCCAACCUUAUGCGUCAAAGGGCCUAUGAUAUAACUGAGUGGUCGCAAGUUGAUUAAGAAAGAUUUGUCCUUUGGUUACAAUGAUAUUCAUUUUUUUCUCUUUUUGCUUUGGAAAUACUUGGCAUUAUCAGCUUUCAAAGAACUGUAUUUCCUCAUAACCUGCACACCAUCUGGGAUUUCCUUCUAUGUUGCUCGUUCUGUCGAUGAUUGGCAGCAAUCAGGUUCCCCGGUGAAGAUUAGAAACAUCCCCCUAUGACUCUGUGAAUUAAUGCCUUGGUCCUGAAUAGUUAACGGGGAAAGGCUUUUUUGCAUCACCAAUAAUUGCGCAGCUGCAUGCUUAAAGUGAGUGGUAAUUUUUUUUCAGAAGCUGUUUUUGAAAUGAAUUUAAUGAAACAACUCUA